AUGAGCAUGUUCUUCGAGGGAGACCCCAUUCCGGUAGCGGCGGAUACAAGGGUCGCUGAAGCAUUUCAUAGGUGCAUGUUAGAGGGCAAUACCCGUCUACCCGUCCUGGCAGCGCUUUUGGAUCUGCUGAAAAGCUGUAACAACAAUGCAAGGGGAAAAUUUUUGAACAUGGAAAGGAGAUCCCGUGAUGGAAGAAUGCUAAAGGCUAGAGAUAUAAGGAGAAGAGAACGGAUCAUAAGGAUAAUAGAGAGUCACAGAAGCGAGUUUGAACAAACUAUACCCAGUACUCGCAUAGUAGUCAAGUACUGUGCAAAGAUGGCCAGAUUCGUGACCAAAACUAACUGA